AAUAAUAUAUAACAGUUGUUAUAUUACGUGUUACUUCUGUGUUAUAUAAUAGUUAUAUUUUGUGUUUGCUGGGAUCUUGAAUCAUGCCCCUCCUUAAAAAAAAUCCUGCGGACGCCCAUGUGCAAUAAAUAUCAAAAAUAUAAGAUCAAUAUUAGCAAUCAUUUGCAAGUAGUUAGUAAGUAGUGGGGAACAAAAAUUGUGUUUACGUCACAUUGACACAUUGACGGUCACAUGUGCAUUUUAUCAGCAGCUCCAUAUGACCAUCUUAUUUAUUCAAACAAUCACCAAUGCUAUCAACAAACAUUUUCAACAGAUUUUGGAUUAACAAGAUACAACAUAUCCCAAGAGUUGUUGCAUUUUAAAGAAGUGAAAGCGUGGUGCUGGCGCAGUUUUGUAAUGCAACGAUUGCGACUUGGCAAAUAUUUUGGUGCAUUUAUCAUGAUAUUCAAAGUAUUAAAUGACAACAGGAAACACUUCUCGGAUCCGAAAUUGAAAAAUCAUAUUAUAAACGAUACAUGGAGUAAAUACAGCAAAACUCAUCAGGAAAAUAUGAAAAAAGUUGCAAAACAAGUGGCUGACCACUACUUGCAUGCCAGGUGUGCUACAAGGUCGUGGAGUCAUUGGGAAGACCCGUAGUGGUUCAUUGCUUUUUUUAUACCGGUGUACCAUGGAUGGCAAGGAUGAAAUUGCGACAGAACAAUUAAGGAGAGGAAUGACUCGCUCAAUCCCAUCGCUAUCUGGGGAAAGGAUAAAGAGAGAAUGGGAGUCUUUAAGAAUCCGCUGCCGCCCUCAAAGUUACUCCCAGCGGGUCCAGCUGCACUGGACGAAGGCGACAUGAAGAAAGCCUCAGAAAUGAUUGUACACUCAGCCGUGCAACAGAGAUAAAACCGUGCUAUUCUUGGUGUAUGUGUGCAUUCGAUCAGUUUUGACAAUUCUGAUCACAUCGGAAUACAACG